AGUUCUCAAACGCUUUGACCUAUUCAUUUUCACGUAAGCAAUCCUAUCCAUGAUAAAAUUCCAUAGCAACGAUUUGAAAACGCCUGUUAAAACUUUGACGGAGCUGUAAUGAUGCGAACUCUGUAAACAACGUAUAAUAUUUUUACCUCGAAUUUCUGUAUGCAAGUUUGAAUGCACUAUAUUGUGAAUGAAAUAAUACUAUCAACGACAUGGAUACUGUUGGAAAUAUUCAGUAUGUUUACCAGAAGAAACGCAGUAAAUUUGGACGCCCGUUCCUUUUGCACGAUGAAGUUCCAAAUACUUUGAAUAUUUUCCCUGAUAAAUCACUUUUUGAUGACUAUAUUCUCAAGAAUCCUGUGGAACAAGCAAGUCAGUGUGGGCCUGUGUUUGCUAGAUGUGAGGUGAACACAGUACGGGCAGAAUACACCCAGCAUGGGAUGAACCACACGGAAGGUGGUUGGCCUCGCGAUGUCAAUCCCGCGGACGAGGAGCAGGCGAUACGUUACCGCAAGAAAGUCGAAAAAGAUGACAUGUACCUUCAUGCUUUAUCUCAGCUUUCACACUCGAUGGAGCACUACAUCCUGCAGAACAACGCCCUGAACCUCUACGAGGUGUACUUCGAGGACGUGGAGGAGACGGCAGUCCCGGAGCGGGGCUCGGCGCGCACGGUGAACGUGUACCGCGACCCCAGCUCGGUGAAGCGCCCCGUCACGUACCUGUCGUGGUCGCCCGACGGCGGCUCCAAGGUCGCGGUCACCCACUGCAACCUGGAGUUCCAGCGCGCUCCCGCGGACCUCAGCACCCAUUCCUACAUAUGGGACGUGGAGAACCCCAACAAGCCGCAGAUGACGCUGAAGCCGACGGUGCCGCUGGCGUCGCUGGAGUACAACCCCAAGGACCCCAACGUGCUGGUGAGCGGCAUGUUCAGCGGGCAGGUGGCCUUCUGGGACACGCGGCGCCUGCCCUCGCCGGCCGAGGUCAGCGCGCUGGAGCCCAGCCACCGCGACCCCGUGCACAGCGUGCUGUGGCUCAGCAGCAAGUCGGGCACCGAGUUCUUCUCCGCCACCACGGACGGCCUGGUGAAGUGGUGGGACACGCGCAAGAUCAGCGAGCCGAGCGAGACACUGAUCCUGGACGUGGUGAAGGCGGGAGAGGAGCAAGACCUCAGCCGCGCGGUGGGCGCAUCGGUGCUCGAGUACGAGCCCACCAUCCCCAUCCGCUUCAUGGUCGGCACGGAGAACGGGUCCGUGAUCAGCUGCAAUCGCAAGGGCAAGACUCCAGCAGAGAAGAUGAUAGCGAAAUACUCAGCUCAUGUGGGACCGGUGUACGCUCUCCAACGCAACCCAUCAUUUGUAAAGAACUUCCUGACCAUCGGAGACUGGACAGCUCGCAUCUGGUCCGAAGACUGCAAAGAUUCUGCCAUUAUGUGGACCAGUAACCACCGCCACAGACUGACGUACGGAGCCUGGAGUCCCGUCAGAACUUCCGUGUUCUACACCACGAGGACUGACGGCUCGCUGGACGUCUGGGACAUCCUGCAGCAGCAGCGGGAGGCUCUUCUGACCUUCAAGAUGUGCGAUCAGCCUCUGAAGUGCCUGAGGGUCCACGAAAACGGCCAGCUGAUAGCCGUGGGGAGCAGCACUGGCACUACCUACCUGGUGGAAGUCUCGGACAACUUCGUGACCUCGCAGCGCAACGACAGGUCCCUACUGACAGCUAUGCUGGACCGCGAGAGCCGGCGGGAGAAGAUCCUGGAGGCGCGCACCAGGGAGAUACGCCUGCGCCAGAGGGCGCGCGCCGACAUGGCCGCCAAGGCCCUGCAGCAGGCGGCGGCCGCGCCAGACGACGCCCCGCACCGCAGGGAGUCCAUCGUCCAGGAGGUGGAGAAGACCACGGCGGACGAGUUCAUGGCGAUGGUCCAGGAGGAACUACUGUCGCUGCAAGGGCAGACGCAGCCUGAAGGUCCGGACCAUCCGGAUGAGCAGUCAGCCCAAGGCGAGGCGCGGACAGCUGGGGACUAGCCCGAGGACGGGCAUUAAACAACUGGAGCUCAUUGAGCAGAUUAUGAAUCUGAACAAAAAAAAUUUCCAUGGCGCCAUGUUGCCACCUGCAAGCGAUGAGCUCAGCCCAGUCUUUCUCUCCUGCCGGCCGAGGGCGGUCGUGUCGCUGCCUUGAGGCGACCACGUGCGUGGUUCGCCUCCUCACCUCAUCUGAUUCGUGCCUCGGGCGUUUUACAGUUUUAUCAGUGGAGGAUCGUGUAAGGACGUGUACCGUGAGUAGAAUAAACCAAUUAACUGUG